AUCACGGACAGUUCGGCAGAUCACUGGCACAAGAGCAAAGAGCCGUAACGACAUCAAGCUGAGGAAGCACAGAUCAGGAACAGAACAGGACAGCCAACAUGAGCAGAUGUCUGAUCAAGAAGGAGGAGGUGCAGAGCUUCAUUGAGAGGUGUAUGAUGGCUGUUGGCACCAAGCAGCAUCAUGCAACCAGUCUGGCCAAAGUGCUGGUGGAGGGGGACCACAGGGGCCACUACAGCCAUGGACUCAACAGGAUGGACAUGUACGUAAAGGACAUUAAGACAGGAAUCUGUGCCAAAGAUGGUGAGCCGGUGUUGGAGAAAGAGAGCGCAGCCACAGCACUUGUGGAUGGGAAGAACCUGCUGGGUCCUGUGGUGGGAAACUUCUGCAUGAAUCUGGCCAUAAAGAAAGCCAAAGAGGCCGGCGUUGGCUGGGUGGUGGCACAUGGCUCCAACCACUACGGUAUUGCUGGUUAUUACGCCUUGCAAGCUCUGAAAGAGAACAUGAUUGGCAUGUCAUUUACCAACACAUCCCCGCUGGUGGUUCCCACACGAGGAAAAGAGUGCACUUUGGGCACCAACCCCAUCAGUGUGGCAGCUCCUGCUAAAGACGGAGACAGCUUUGUUCUGGACAUGGCCACAUCAGCAGUCGCUCUUGGAAAGGUGGAGCUCCAUGAUCGCAGAGGAGACCCCAUACCUGAGGGCUGGGGCUGUGACGCUGCGGGGAAGCUGACCCCAGACCCCAAAAAAGUUCUGAACGGAGGAGGACUGGUGCCGAUUGGAGGCAGUGAAGCAACAGGAGGUUACAAAGGCUACGGUCUGGGGAUGAUGGUCGAAGUGUUUUGUGGCAUAUUGGCGGGGGCUCAUUACAGUAACAAUGUUCGCACAUGGAAAGUCACAGACCGUGUUGCUGACCUGGGUCAGUGUUUUGUUGCAAUCAACCCAGAAAACUUUGCUCCAGGGUUCAGUGACAGGAUGUCCGACCUGCUGUCCAUCCAAAGAGGGAUGGAACCUGCUGACCCUCACAUGCCUGUUCUGGCGGCUGGAGAUCCAGAGAGGAUGAACAUGAAGAAGUGUGAUGAGAUGGGCGGGAUACCUUAUCACAUGAAUGUUGUCAACUACAUGAAUGAAUGUGCUCAGAAGAUCGGUGUCACCGAGCUGCUGCCAUGUAGCAAUAUCAUCUCUAACUAGUCACCUCAAUCAAGAUUCUGGACCUCUGCUUGUAUUCACAAUGAGCAGAUCUGUUCAUGAUCGUUAUAUGUGAUGACAAUCACGUGUUAAAGUUUUUACCGACACAUUUCAGGUGUUUUGAAUGUUUUGAACCUUCUCAAAGUUUUAAUGAAGAUUUAGAU